AUGAUAAAAUUAGGGGGUGAUGGAGGGAGUAGUGAUGAAGACAAUGAGUUUACUGUUGAGGAAGAUGAUGAUACUUUUUGUGAAGAAGAUAACAUGUCAUUAGCUAAUGUGGAUUCCUUAAUAUUGACUGAUGAUGAAGUUGCAGGCUCUUUAUCAUCUAAUCGCAAAACUGAUUCAUUAAAAUCUAUAGAUGAAUCUGAUUUGGAUUUGGAAGAGGGUGUUGUGACAAGUGGGUGCAAAAAGUAUAAUCCAGAUGAGAUGUGCAAAGACUAUAUCUUUGAACUUGGAAUGGAGUUCACCUCAAUUACUCAAUUUAGGGAAGCUGUUCGGGAGUAUUCACUUUUGAAUGGGUAUGAAACAAUAUACAUUAAAAAUGAUAGUGUAAGGUGCUGUAUAAAGUGUGUACGUUGUGAUUGGUUAAUAUUUGUGAGUAAGGAGAGGGAUUCCAUGACAUAUCGUUUGAAGACUUAUAAUCCAAGACACACUUGUGGUGUGACUUUUAGUUCUAAGAAUGUUUCAUCUAAAUGGGUGUCAGAAAAGAUUAAAAAUAGAAUAAAGACAAAUAAGAAUAUGAGUCUUGGAGAUGUGAUAUCCACAAUUAAAGAAGAUUAUAUGGCAGAUGUGUCAGUGCCUAAGGCUUAUUGGGCACGAAGAAAGGCAAAACAAGCUAUUGAAGGUGAUUUUGUAGAUGAGUAUAAGAGACUAUGGGAUUACAACAACGAGGUCCUCUCAAAAAGUCCUGAAACUACAUUCAAAAUUUUGACAGAUCGUCCCUUUAUUGAUAGAGCACCAAGAUUCAAAAGAUUAUAUCUUUGUUUGGAUGCUGUCAAGAUAGGAUUUUUAGCAGCAUGUAGACCAAUCAUUGGCUUAGAUGGAUGCUUUUUGAAGGGACCUUAUGGUGGAAUAUUGCUGGUAGCAGUAGGACGUGAUCCAAAUGAGCAGUAUUUUCCUUUAGCAAUAGCUAUUGUUGAAGGUGAAAAUCGAGAUUCAUGGUCAUGGUUUCUUGAGCAUAUUCUAAAUGACAUAGGAAGAACACAAAGAUGGGUCUUUAUUUCUGACCAACAGAAGGGAUUAAUGCCAACAUUUGAGUCACUUCUUCCUGAAGUUGAGCAUCGCUUAUGUGUUAGGCAUUUAUAUGCCAACAUUAAGAGUAGAUAUAGUGGUGGGUCUGUGAUUAGAGAUUUGGUGUUGCAAGCUGCGAAAGCAACAUAUGUCAAUGGAUGGAAGCAAAAAAUGCAUGAGUUGAAAAAUAAAUCUAAAGAGGCUCAUGAUCAUUUGAUGAAGUUCCCUCCACAAUGUUGGACAAAAUCUCAUUUCAGUGAAUAUCCAAAGAGUGACAUGAUUAUGAAUAACAUAUCUGAAUCAUUUAAUGGGAGGCUUUUAGAGGCUCGAGAACUUCCAAUCAUUAGUUUAUUAGAAUGGAUUCGCACUUACAUCAUGACAAGAUUUCAAGAGAAUAGAAAGAAGGCAGAGAAAUUUAGAAGUCAUGGAAGCGUAUGUCCGAAUCCAAGACGGAGGUUGGACAAAGAAGUUAGUCAAUCACGAAAGUGGGUUGCACGACAAGCAGGAGAAUUUGAAUUUGAGGUCUCGUGUUACUCGCACAAAUUUUCAGUUGACCUUGCUACUAAGAGUUGUACUUGUAGAUGGUGGGAUUUAACUGGAAUACCUUGCAGGCAUGCAGUUAGUUCAAUUUACGCAAAAAGAAAAGACCCUCAUGAUUAUGUUCAUCCCUACUUGAAGAUAGAUGCUUAUGUUGAGUGUUACUCUCCCGUGGUGAAGCCGAUUAAUGGACAAGAAAUGUGGGAAGUAACAAAUAAGGAGGAGAUGGACCCUCCGUCCUAUCAUAAAAGACCAGGAAGACCUCCAAAAUUAAGAAAAAGAGCACCUGAUGAGCCUUCCCAACCUAAUAAGAUUCGAAGGACAUCCUCAAGACUUCGUUGUUCUUACUGUAAAAACUAUGGGCAUAAUAGAAGAACAUGCAGUGCCAGUAGAAGUUCACAACAAGAGUCUACCAGUACAACACCUCCAUCACAACCCUAA